CUGCACAAACAGACUUUCCUAGUCCACCGUAUCAAAUAUGCAUCGGCAAGGAACCCCAAGAAUUUCCCUCCAUUGGCAAGCUGUCUCCUUGCUCCUCCCUCGCUCCAUGGAGCUCCAGAAGUAGUGGAGAGGUGUCGUCCGAUCACCUACUUCUAUCGGCUGCUACCUAUAUACCUCGCUUGCCACUGCUUCUUGUGCAAGUAGUGCAUGCUGUUGUGUUAGCCUGGUGAUUGCUGCGAGAGUUAAGCAUCAUGGGUUGGGCGGUGGCAAUGGCCGCCGUCGUGGUGGCGCUCUUCGCGGCGGUGGCUGGGGUGAGUGGGGAGGUGGUGGACGAGUUCGGGUCCGGGGCGUCCUUCAUCUUCGGGGACUCGCUGGUGGACGCCGGGAACAACAACUACAUCCCCUCGCUGUCCAAGGCCAACAUGACCCCCAACGGCAUCGACUUCGCCGCGUCCGGCGGCAUGCCCACCGGCCGGUUCACCAACGGCAGGACCAUCGCUGACAUCAUCGGAGAGAUGUUGGGCCAGGCAGACUACUCGCCGCCGUUCCUCGCCCCUAACACGACAGGCGGCGCGCUACUGAACGGCGUGAACUACGCGUCGGGAGGUGCAGGGAUACUGAACGGAACAGGGAGAAUCUUCGUGAACAGGAUCGGAAUGGACCUGCAGGUAGACUACUUCAACAUCACAAGGAAGCAGCUGGACGCUCUGCUGGGCAGGGACAGAGCCAAGAAGUACUUGAGAAAGAAGGCCAUCUUCUCCGUCACCGUCGGGUCCAACGAUUUUUUGAACAACUACCUCAUGCCCGUCCUCUCCGCCGGCACGCGGGUCGCCGAGUCGCCCGACGGCUUCAUCAACGACCUCAUCAUCCACCUCCGAGACCAGCUCACGAGGCUGUACACGCUGGACGCGAGGAAGUUCGUGGUGGUGAACGUGGGGCCGCUGGGGUGCAUCCCGUACCAGAAGACGAUCAACCGGGUGGGCGAGGACGAGUGCGUGAAGCUGCCCAACCAGCUCGCGGUGCAGUACAACGGCCGGCUCAGGGAGCUGCUGAUCGAGCUCAACGACAACCUCCCCGGCGCCCGGUUCUGCCUCGCCAACGUCUACGACCUCGUCAUGGAGCUCAUCACCAACUACCAGACCUACGGGUUUGAGACGGCGAGCAUGGCGUGCUGCGGCAACGGCGGGUCGUACGACGGCCUCGUUCCGUGCGGGCCGACGUCGAGCAUGUGCGACGCCCGGGACAAGCACGUGUUCUGGGACCCGUACCACCCCAGCGAGGCGGCGAACGUGUUGCUCGCCAAGUACAUCGUCGACGGCGACAGCAAGUACAUAUCGCCCAUGAAUCUCAGGAAGCUUUUCUCCCUCUAGUGGUUUUCCCCUACCUGACGGAUCGUUUGGCGUCGACGUCGAGCUUUGCCUUUCCUCUACGGCUUACGCGUGUGCAACUGCAUGAUAUCUCCGCCUAUUGAUCUGGGAGAAAGUGCUCAACUGUGGCCUAUUUUCGCGGUGCGAGAAGAUUGAUUUGGCAUGUUUAUUUAAUUUGUGAGCCAGUCGCACAAUGCAGAUAGUACGACAUUUUUGUCAUUCAAAGCAUUCAGCACUAAGCCACUGUGUACUUUCUUUUUUGAGCAAAUUUCAGGGAACUACACUUAUAUGCCCAAAAUUAUCCCUAAACUACACCUUUUGAAGUCCUUGUCACGAGAUGACCCAUAGUGUGCAUGCAUAUAUUAUCAGAAAACUACAUUUUUUGGAUGAGGCCCACAUGUCAGUUACUCUGGAGUAAGCAAAGGCAUGUGGGUCCCGAUAGCAUUUCUCCCAGGUAAAAUGUGUUGUUUUAUG